UAUACUUUCUCCCGCAAAUUCAGUUCAAGUCUCACUUUCUCUUCUUCGAUGGUAAUUUCGGAGUAAACUGCGACAAAACUCUACGCCCCAAACGCCGAUGUAAAAUUCCCCCAUUUCUUCAUGGUUUGAAGAUGAUCAUGGAUGCUUGCCACCACCGCGACUUCUCGGAUCGAAUAAUGGACCGAUACAUUCGUUUUUUUCCUUGUCUUUCCGAUCCUGCUAGGAGAUCUUCGUUGGGUUUAAAAGUAGCAUUGGUGAUGCUGCACCUUGUUUAUGCUGGAGUUCUAUUUGCACUCGACCGGCAUUUGAUUGAAGAAAUCAAGAUUAAACCAUGGUAUACGGCUUCAUAUUUGUUGCUUUUCGUUGCUACCCUCAUUCAAUACUUUUUAACAUCAUGUUCAUCUCCUGGCUAUGUACUCGACGCCAUGAGGGCUGCUAAUGAAAAAGAUAUUGCUUUUAGUAAGGCAUCAAAACAGCCUGCUUCAAGCAACAAUGUAAAUGUGGUUGUUACUGUAGACCGGAGCCCUUCUGGAAAUAAUGUACAGGCAGAUGUAACAUCGUGGACAAAGAUGGUAAUGGACAUGUAUCCCCCUCGAACACCACUUAGAAAUUUUACCUGCUCUUAUUGCCAUGUAGAGCAGCCUCCACGAACAAAGCAUUGCCAUGAUUGUGAUCGAUGCGUACUUCAGUUUGAUCAUCAUUGUGUUUGGCUUGGGACAUGUAUUGGUCAGGGCAAUCAUUGUCGAUUCUGGUGGUACAUUUUUGAGGAGACAGCUUUAUGCUUGUGGACUGGCAUAUUGUUCAUUUCAUACCUCAAGGCUGAUAUAGUGCGGGCUUGGUGGAAGGCUGUGAUUGUCAUUGUGCUGCUGAUUACCUUAUCGAUUGCGCUAAUCUUUCUACUGCUCUUGCUUCUAUUUCAUAGCUAUCUUGUCGUUACGAAUCAGACAACAUACGAACUUGUUAGACGUAGGCGAAUCUUUUACUUAAGGGGCAUUCCUGAAAGAGUUUAUCCCUUCAGCAAAGGAGUUUGCCACAAUCUAUACGAUUUCUGCUGUCACAGAAGCAACAUAUAUAACUUGGAGCCCCUGCCUUCAGCUCAGAUGCUUGAAGAGCGAUCGAGACUGUACACAUGUUCGGACAUCAUGAGGUGUAGAUGCUGCUGACUUAUUACACUGUACUAUUUGCUUAACAUUCUUUCAGUUACCACUAGGUUAUGGUGGUUGGUGUAGGAAGAAGCUUGCAUGUUUCCUGCAUCCCCUUCCCCAUUGAAAUAGCUGCAGCACAAUUAGCUUAGGUAGCCUCCUUGCUUCUUCUGGUGUAAAAUUGUGUGUUGGUGAAAUAGAUGCUUUAUAUCAAAACUGGCCCCUCAAAUGGACCAUAUUGCAUUUCUGACUUUCUCCAAAUAGAAGUAUAAACUGAUUUGGUUUGGUUUUUGGCUUAA